AUGAGCCGCGGCGGUCGCGCCCCCAACCUGCGCCGCGCCCUCGGGGCGCCGCCGCCCCUCACCGCGGCUCCGGGGCGGCUGGCGGCGGCGGCGGCGGCGCGGAGCGCGGAGCGGGAGGAGCUGGCGGCGCUGAACGAUCGCUUCGCCGCUUUCCUAGAGCGGGUGCGGGCGCUGGAGCGGCAGAACGGGGCCCUGCGAGCCGCCCUGGGCCGCGCCGCCGCCGCCACCGCGCCCCGCACCGCCGGGCUGGUGCAGGGCGAGCUGCGGGGGCUGCGGGAGCGGCUGCAGCGCCUCGGCCGCGACCGCGACCGGCUCCAGGCCGAGCGAGACGGGCUGGCCACCGACCUGGCGGCCCUGCAGCAGCGGCUGGAGAACGAGACGCAGAAGCGGGAGGAUGCGGAGAAAAGCCUGGUGCUGUUCCGCAAGGAUGUGGAUGAUGCCACGCUGUCCCGCCUGGAGCUGGAGCGCAAGGUUGAGCUGCUGAUGGAUGAGAUUGGCUUCCUCAAGAAGCUGCAUGAGGAGGAGCUGCGGGACCUGGAGGUGAGUGCCCCCAGCCCGGCGGUGCCGGCAGAGGUGGAGGUCUGCAAGCCGGAGCUGACGGCCGCGCUGCGGGAGAUCCGCACCCAGUACGAGAGCAUUGCCGUGAAGAACCUGCAGGAAGCUGAGGAGUGGUACAAGUCAAAGUUUGCCGACCUCUCAGACGCAGCCAACCGCAACCACGAGGCGCUGCGGCUGGCCAAGCAGGAGAUGAAUGAGUCCCGGCGGCAGAUCCAGAGCCUCACCUGUGAGGUGGACGGGCUGAAGGGCAUGAAUGAGGCGCUGCAGCGGCAGAUGCGGGAGAUGGAGGAUGAGUUUGGCGAGGAGAUCGGGAACUACCAGGACGUGGUGGGGCGGCUGGAGCAGGAGAUCCAGCAGAUGAAGGAAGAAAUGGCGCGGCACCUGCGCGAGUACCAGGACCUGCUUAACGUCAAGAUGGCCCUGGACAUUGAGAUCGCCACAUACCGCAAGCUGCUGGAGGGCGAGGAAAGCCGGAUCACCGUCCCCCUGCCCCCCGCCACCUCCUUCAGCAUGAGAAGUUCAGUGCUGGAGCCGCAGCCUGCGGAGAGCCCUGCACGGAGGAUGGUGCUCAUCAAAACCAUCGAGACGCGGGACGGGCAGCAGGUGGUGACAGAGUCGCACAAGGAGCGAGCGGAGCCAGGGAAGUGAUGGAGGGGACCUGCCACACGGGCUCCCCCAGUCCUGCACCGCCCAACCUGGCGGGGUGGCAGCUGGUGGGGGGGGCUUCACCGGACCCCGCUGUGCCUUGUGUGGGCCGGGGAGCAGAGUGUGGGGCCAGCUGCCCCCCAUCCCUGCUGCCAGCACCGAGGGUCGAUGCUGCGGCACAUCCCUGGGCCUUGCGUAUCCCCCCCCCCCCAUUAUUUAUUGCUAUUUAUCGCCUCUUUGUUUUUCUCCCUACCACAACCUCAGUUGUAUUUAACAUUUAUCCAAUGUCUCCCACACUCCCCCGGCUCUGGGGCUGAGGGGGUCCCUGCUCCCCUCCUGCUGAUGGAGGUGGCACUGGCUGCCCCUGGGUUUUGGGGUCCAGGGGUCCCCAGGCACUGUCCCCCCCCUCCCCCCCCGCUGCCUCUGCCUUGGCCCGGGCUCCCCCGGGCCCUCGGGGUGUGCUGCGGUGCAGGGCCUGGUCGGGGGGGGGGGCUCUGGGGGUGCCCCCCGGUAUCCCCAUCCUGCUUGAGCGGCAAAUAAAGG